UGUUGGUAUUUUAGGCAAAUGUAUUUCCGUUUCCGCUUACGCUACUGUUUGUCAACAAACGACGAUAAACGUCAAGAACAGGAAAUCUACAAUUAUCUGGCCCAUCUUUGGCACAAAUUAGAACUUUUGUUUCUACAUACGAUGAACUAAGUAUACGACAUAAAAAAUGCCUGAUCGGGGAAGAGAAACAGAGAAGACUGAGAAGAAAAAGCGGGCAGCAUCAUCAAGCUCUGAUAGCAGCAGCUCGUCAUCACGUAGCCGUUCCAGAUCAUCAUCUUCAGGUAGUAGCUCAUCCGGGAGCUCAAGCUCAUCAAGGUCAUCUAGUUCAAGUUCAAGCGGGUCAUCUAGCAGUGGACGUAGCAGGAGUAGAGAGAGAAAUAGGGCCAGGAAAAAGUCUGGAGAGUCACCUAAAAGGAAAAAGAGGAGCCCAACCCCUCGCCCCACAAAGGUACAUGUAGGGAAGUUGACACGUAACGUGACCAAGGACCACGUUCAGGAGAUAUUCUCUGUGUAUGGGUCAAUCAAGCAUUUGGAGAUGCCCCCUGACCGGGCACAUCCAAACUUCGCUAAGGGAUUUGCAUAUGUUGAUUUUGCAACACCAGAAGAGGCAGAAAAAGCUGUAAAACAUAUGGAUGGAGGUCAGAUAGAUGGACAGGAAGUUACCGCUCAGACUGUGCUGCCACCUAGGCCAGCUCCAAGACCAGCACGGCGCAGUCCACCACCUGGCAGGAGAGGUGGUCCUCCAGGGAGGUGGCGACCUUCACCUCCGAGGUACAGAGACAGAAGGUAUGUUCAGUUGUAUUAUUGUAGUUAAGUUAAUGCUAUGUUA